ACGUCAAGUAUCGCAACUGUCGUAAAACCUGAAAAAAUACGAAGAAGGGGACGAGGAGGGACAUUUAGAAGAGAAACUAAUGAUUUCCGCCCUAACAGCUUCGAAUAAUAAACAAGUUCAGACCAUCUCCAGAGAGGCAGUCUGGGGUUUGUUUUGUGGGAGAGGACCGUUUCUGACCGGACUAAAUCAGGAUGAGGAGUUCCUCUUCCCUCCUCUCUGCACCCCCCUCUCCUCACCCUGCCCCUCUCCCUCUCUCCUCCCCCUCCUCCCUGACUCACUGUCCUGAACUCGACCUGUCCGUCACACUCAGCCCUGCCCCCAAGACCGGCCUCACGCAGCCCAAGCCCCGCCCCCUAAAGAAGAGUCAGCAGAGUGACCAAUCACAGCCAAAGCCCCGCCCCCGACAACAGAGAGGAAGAAAGGGCAACACACAGGUGUGUUUUGAAGAGCCAGUGGUCGUCACAGUAACAUCAGAGCCUCAAAUCACACUGAACAGAGACUCCCCGCCUCAACAGCCAAUCAGAGGUCAGAGGAGGAGCCGGGGACGUCACCAUGGUGGAGGACCCAGACCGAGGGUGGAGGCUCCUGCCGCAGCAUCCAAUCAAGAUCCAGGCUGUCUACAGAGGGCGGAGCUUAACACUACUCUGGCUCUGAAGGCAGAGCUUGAGUUACUGCAGGGGGCGGAGUUUAACUCCCAGAAAGCCAUUCAGGAGACUCUCCAGAAGUCAGAGAGGACCAAAAACCUGAUCAACACCAGAGCUACUGAAGUAGUGAAUGUUGCUCGCUCUCAGCAUCUCUUCACCUCACUGGUCAGCAUCGACAUGCAGGAGGACCAGCUGAUCAGCCAGUUGCUGCAGGAUAGGAUGCUCCUGGCUCCAACCCCACGCUGCCAUGGCAACAAGGCAGCAGAUGGCCCCAACCUCCUGCACUUCAUGACCCCUGACCUUGUCAGACAGAAGCCCCUCCCACCAGAGGAGGAGACAGCCAACUACAAGCCCUGCCCAUGUACACACCCCGCCUACUCGACCUUUGACCUCUACAGACGACGGCGACGCUGGGAGGCCACACCCUGACACACGCAGGAGAGCUCUGAUUGGCUGGAGGUACUGAGGCUCUUAUCAGUCAGACUGCGGGAUGUCAUUGAAUAAUAAUUAUCUAAUCAAUUUUUUAAUUAUUCAUGUAAACUGAAAUCUGUUUUUAUUCCUGCAAAGAGCAACAUUUAGUUUUUCUAAUAAAGUCUUUUAAACGUGA